AUGGCUGCGGAUUUGCUAGAGAAAUAUUUUUCCACUGGUUCUUACAUAUUUCAUAUAAUUAGUUCUGCUCAAGGAAUUUCCUGCGCAGUUCUCAUUAGGUUCUCGGAAACUGGAAGAUCUAGUGAUUCUCAGAUCACUGAACUUGUCUCCUCUUCUCAGAUAAUACUUUAUGCUUGUCGACAUGCUAAUAUUCGAUGUGUUGAGAAUCAGGGAGAAAAAAAGGCAAUUACCAAUAAAUUCAUUCAGCCUUCACCCGUGACUACUUUAAAAUGGCUCAGAGAUGACUUGGUGAUUAUCGGGUUAUUCAAUGGAAAUGUUCGACAAGCUAAUGUCAAAUCUAAUCGGUGCAUUCCACUGUUUAACUCAGAUUCAUCAGUGAUAUCCAUGUGUAUCUCGCCCAAUAAGAAGGCAAUCCUUACAGGUCACAUAGACGGUUCUAUUGUCAGAUACUUCUUUUCUCAAGACAAAAAUUUUUUUGGGUCACAAGUUUGCUUUAUUCGCAAAAAUUUUUAGGGGAAGAUUACAACUCACACUUGUUCUCCAUAUGCUCUUGCCUGGGGCUCAACGUCAUUUUUCGCUGCUGGUGGAGACAGAAAAGUGCUAUGUUACAAUAAAGAAGGAAAAUCAUUUCAAUAUUUCGACUAUACAGACGAUGUAGAUGAAAAAAGUUUUGAUUGUGCAGUAGCGAGUCCUCAGGGAAAUGUGAUAAUUUUAGGCUCUUAUAAUCGGGUUUAUGCAUGGAAUAGUAAAAAGUAUAUGUGGGACGAGAUUAGCAAGAAGGAUAUAGAUAACAUUUACAGCGUAACCUCGAUGGCAUACUCCAACGACGGGACUAAACUUAUAAUAGUUAUUAAAUACAAAAUUCAUACAAUUAGGGAGAUAUAUGUGUUAUAUAUCGGCGGACAACUUUUUGUAGUGGAGUUUGAAGCUACUGAAAUUCUAUUUUCAGUGAGAACACCUUAUUUUAAAUCAAAUUUUGUGAGUCGUGAUUGCAACAAUAUUGAUAUGAAAAAGAUGAUGGCCUAUCUCUUAGACCGAAACACUAUUGGAAUUGGUUUACUAUUUAAUAAAUCAAUAUUUAGUCGAUCUGAAAAAUGGAAUCUUAGCGAAAGUUGUGAAUAUCUUUUAUAUAAAGACAAAUCGUUUAGACUCUUUCUAUACUCUAAAGCAGCCAAUAAUAGUCGUUUACUUUUGGAUUAUUGUUUAUAUACUCAGUGGAUCCCGGAAAGUGAUAUAGCUGGAGGACAGUCUCGAAAUAUAUUUUACGUGUGGUACAAAAUGAAUUCACUUGAUGAAGUGACAAAACUUGAAGUCAAAGUGAGUAGUAGUCAAUUUAGUCUUCAGGGAGAUGUUGUGGGAAUAGAAAAGAAUAAAGGUGUUGCUGAGAUUAUUGUCAGCUCGGAUGGUAAAAAUAUCAGAAUUCCUUUGAACAAUCAAAUUGUCGAAUUCAAUUCCGCAAUUAAUUCCGGGGAUCUUUUGAGAGCACUUCAGUUUUUGGAGACAUGUGAAAAACGUUCAGAAACUGAUUAUAUGUGGAAUGAUUUAGCCCAAUUGGCGCUUGAUGCUAACAACGUUUCCAUCGCUAAUCGGCAAGCAAUUGGAUUCUAUAUUUUAGUUGCUUCGCUGCUCUAUGUGACAUCACAAAAUUGGAGUACAUUUAUAAACUUGCAUAAAGAAUUAUCUGAAAAAUAUUUAUAUUGGCUAAUCAAUUCAGGACAGGAGAGAAAAGCCGCGCAGAUAAAAGAAACGAGCGGUGAUUACCUAGAGGCCAUCAACCUUUAUUUAUCAUCUGGAUCACCUAGCAGUGCAGCCAAGACAUUAAUGUCUCACUACGUGUUGGUCAACAAACUUAUAUUAGCUAUUGAAAUUGCAAAAAAAUCAUAUCCUGACCAAGUUCUGGAUCUCGAAGAAAGAUAUGCCGAUUAUUUGGUUGAGGAAAAAGAAUUUGAUUCCGCCUUGAAUCAUUAUAUUGAAGCAGGACUUUAUUUGAGCGCUGGUCAUUCUGAAAAAGCAAUCUCAAUGUAUAUGAAACAAAAAAAGUACGACGAAAUGAUCCGGCUUAUCAAACAAUAUCAUCCAGAACACCUCAACGACGUUUAUCUUCAAUUAGCAAAGGUCAGGAAAAUAAAACUAUAUUAGGAGCAAGAAAAUGCAGAAAACUAUCGAGGGGCUGAAAAAUUUUAUUUAGUUUCAAAAAAUUGGAAGAAUGCAGUCAUUAUGUAUCGGAAUGCUUCAUUAUGGGAAGAUGCUGUCAGAAUUGCGAAAGAACAUGGAACAAAGGAAGUGACAAGUCGGCUUAUCUAUGAAUGGGCACGUCGUCUUACCCCUGAUGCGGCUGUUAAGCUUCUUUUUAGAUACGGACUGGUGAAAAGCGCUCUAAACGAUGCACUUGAAAAAAAAGACUAUAAGUUUGCUAUUUCCAUUGCAGAACAAACCAAAUCAGAGCUAUUGACAGAGGUGUAUUUACAAUAUGCAUCAAGCCUGGAAAACAGCGGGGACUUUGAAGAGGCUGAAAAAUAUUUUAUUGCAGGAAAAAACCCACACGAAGCUGUUUUAAUGUAUUUUCUCUUGAUAAAAAGAAAGGAUUCUGGAAUGUGGGAGGAUGCUAUGAGAAUAGCCCGUAAAUAUACCCCUGAAAAAGUAUCUGGCCUUACACUGGAAUAUGAGAAAAGUAAAAUAAAACAAGUAGAAGGGACUUUCGAUUUACAAAUAAUUCAACAAGCGCGCACAUUUGAAGUAUCAGGCGACUAUCUCCAAGCAAUCGAGCUUUAUUUGAAAGCUGUCAAUCAACCUGAUAUUACUCCCGAGAUUUUGGAAAAAUCUUGUAGUAAAAUAUUCAACUUGUCUAUAAGAAAUCUCGACGCAGACAAGUCUCAAUCAAUAAUUCGGGAGAUAAGCUCAAUUCUUAGCAAAAAUGGAUUUUAUGUACAGGCAGCAGAAAAGCUAUUGCAAAUUGAUUUACUGAAGGAGUCAAUUGAUGUUCUCAUAGAAGGUGGUGAGUGGAAAAAAGCUCGGAAAGUGGCGUCUCAAUUGGACCCGCGGGAUGUUCUGAAUAAAUAUCUUGGUAUGAGAGCUGUUCAACUGAUGAAAACCGGUAACUGUAAACAAAUCCUCACUAUUUUUGAUACUUACAAGCCACCGCUAUACUCACUUUAUCGUAAAAUACACUCCGAAAUAGUCGGGAACUACUGUCUUAAAAUUACCGAGGAUUCUCAGACGCAAAAUGAGCAUUAUGAACUCUUGUCCAAGCUUCGGAAUGUAUUUUUUUCAUUGACAGAGACACGUGGAAUUGCAGAAAACGUAAGAACAGAAUUUGAGAAAAUGCUACAAAUUGCUCACUACUACGCUACUGCUUGUGCAAUGGCUGUUUUCAAACAGUUAUGGGAGAAUGUGGCUAAAAUUUCUCUUUCGUUGUUGAGACAUGUCCGUCAGAUUCCUGCUGACAAAGCUUUUUUUGAAGCAGCUGAAUGCUGCAGAGAAGUAGGAUGGAACUCGAUUGCGUUUGUUAUUGCUAAUCGAUUUUUUGAUAUCGAUGAAAUCUCCGACAAAGUCAAAGACUUGAAGCAAUGGCUUCUUGAAAAUGCGUUCAAUUUUUCUUCCUCGGACACACUUUCACCUGGAAAAGAUGGAUAUCCUGUCAAGGAAUCAAAAGUUAUUUUUAGAGAUGAACACGAAGUUAAUAAAGAUGAAUGGAACUGUUUUCUGAUGGCAGCGAGAGUAUAUUUUACAUUUUUAUUGCAGACAUCCCGAGACCCACGACUACAAGACGUUAUUAAGUUUCUCGGACUGUGCUAUGUUGUAUUGUUGCAUCUACGCGUAUAUCCGAAAAAGUUUUUGCAUGAUAGUUUUGUAUAUGAACAUGUUGAGGGAAACGAACAGUAUGAGUGUGCUACAACAGCUGAUCAAGUAAGACAAACACCAUACGGACUACCAGAAGGAUUUCAAUGGGACAAUACUUUAGAUAUCAACGAUCAUAAAAUGUUGGAUGAGGUAUAUCAACUUUUGAGGGACCAUUAUGUUGAAGACAGUGAUAAUUUAUUUAGAUUUAAUUAUUCCAAGGAUUUUCUCAGAUGGGCACUUAAGCCCCCAGGAUGGCGUGCCGAAUGGCAUUUGGGAAUUAGAGUUACUAAAAACCGAAAAUUGUGUGGUUUCAUAUCCGCUGUUCCAUAUGUCGUCCACAUUGAGGACAAAAAAUUUGACUCUGUCGAUGUAAAUUUUUUAUGUGUAAACAAAAAAUUACGUGGAAAUCGUAUGGCUACUGUUCUCAUUCGGGAAAUAAGAAGACUAGUAAAUCUCCAGGGAAUUUUCCAAGCUAUAUAUACUGGAGGGAAGAUCAUAUCCAAACCCUCAGCUUCUGUCUGCUAUUAUCAUCGACUCAUCAACGUCAAAAAACUUGUGGAAUGUCAGUUUGCAAGAGCUCCCUCUAAUAUCUCUCUAAAACAAUAUUGUAAGUUAUGCUCAUUGGAGAGGCUUAAUAAACCAAAAGGAUUUCAGCCUAUGCUUGAGCGUCACUGUCUGACGGCACAUGCUCUUCUUAAUGAAGUCGUCUUUCUUUUUGUUUUGGCAGUUUCUAAGUAAAUACAGUAUGCAUGCUGAAUUUGGGCUUGACGAGUUCUGUCAUUGGUUUUUGCCGAGAGAAAACGUUGUUUGGUCUUUUGU